UUACCUUUCUCUCUCUUUUAUUUCUCUUUCCAUAAGCAUAUUCUUUCUCUUUCUAGGGUUUUCACCUGAAAUAGUGCUAGCUCUUAAUUAAUUUUUAGAUGAUAUGUUAGGAUCCUUUGGUUCAUCAUCAUCUCAAUCUCAUUCUCAUUCUCACCCUCAUCAUCAUGAUGAACAAGAAUCUACUGAUCAUCAUCAUGAUGAUCAUCAACGGCGGAGAUUCAUUGCUACUGCUGCUGCUACUACUACUGCUACCACAACUAUCACCGCCACCAUUUCGCCUGUCAUUCAAAUCCGCCAGCUACUCAUUAGCUGUGCGGAGUUGAUUUCGCGGUCUGAUUUUUCGGCCGCGAAUAGACUUCUUAACAUUUUAUCAGCUAACUCAUCUCCUUUUGGUGACUCAACGGAAAGGCUAGUCCAUCAGUUUACUCGUGCACUUUCCCUUCGUCUUAACCGCUAUAUAACGUCGUCAACCACCAAUCAUUUCUUAACACCUGUAACAAGUAUUAUCGAAACUGCUCCAGCUGAUUCUUCUUCGUCGUCAUCAUCAUUAUCAUCAUUAGCUCUACUUCAAUCAUCUUACCUGUCUCUAAACCAAGUCACACCUUUCAUAAGAUUCACUCAGUUAACUGCUAACCAAGCGAUUUUAGAAGCCAUUAAUGGUAAUCAACAAGCGAUACACAUCGUUGAUUUCGAUAUCAAUCAUGGUGUUCAGUGGCCUCCAUUAAUGCAAGCACUUGCUGAUCGUUACCCUGCACCUACUCUUCGAAUCACCGGUACUGGAAAUGACCUUGAUACCCUUCGUAGAACUGGUGAUCGUUUAGCCAAAUUUGCUCACUCAUUAGGGUUGAGAUUUCAAUUCCACCCUCUUUAUAUCGCGAGUAAUCGCGAUCACGAUGAGGAUCCAUCGAUUAUUUCUUCCAUUGUUCUCCUCCCUGAUGAAACCCUAGCUAUAAACUGUGUUUUCUACCUCCAUCGUCUUCUAAAAGACCGUGAAAAACUAAGGGUUUUCUUGCAUAGGGUUAAGUCCAUGAACCCUAAAAUUGUUACUAUAGCUGAGAGGGAAGCAAAUCAUAAUCACCCUCUAUUUUUACAACGAUUCGUUGAGGCAUUGGAUUAUUAUACAGCUGUGUUUGAUUCAUUGGAAGCUACAUUGCCACCGGGUAGUCGAGAGAGGAUGACAGUUGAACAAGUAUGGUUUGGGAGGGAGAUUCUUGAUAUCGUGGCGAUAGAAGGAGAGAAAAGGAAGGAAAGACAUGAAAGAUUUAGAUCAUGGGAAGUAAUGUUGAGGAGUUGUGGAUUUAGUAAUGUUGCUUUAAGCCCUUUUGCAUUAUCACAAGCUAAGCUUCUUUUGAGACUUCAUUAUCCUUCUGAGGGAUAUCAACUUCGUGUUUUGAGUAAUUCUUUCUUGUUAGGUUGGCAAAAUCAACCCCUUUUUUCCAUCUCUUCGUGGCGCUGAGAAAAGGGGAUCUGAAGAAAACGCACAAGUUUAGGAGGGUCUUUAUAUAUUCUGCCCGAAAAAAUUGCAUUCUAGGGGAAAGGAAACCCUAAAUAACAAGAAUUUCUAGUGAAGUUGUAGUACUAAUUAAUACUCUUGCAUGGUGAAGGACAAUGAAGAGGUAUUGAAUUUCAUGGUUUUUUUUUCUCAUCUAGUUUUAUUUGUUGGGUAUGAGGUUAUUGAGUUGAUCAUGACAAAUGUUUUAAUUUUUAACAUAGAGGACUAGGUUGAUGAUAUAUAUAUUUAAGUUAUAACUAGCUAGUCUAAGUUGUAUAAUGCAAGAUCCUCAAUUUAUUUUUAUUAUUUUUUUGUUGUUGUUGUUAGUGAAAGAUUCUGUUAUUACCAAAUUGUUAGGUAAGUG